AACCAAACUAAACUGAUAUCCAAAAUAUGGAAGCAAAGCUCUGCUCUUUAUCUAAUCCUAAAAAAACCUCAUAAAAGAUUUGUUCUAGUUAUUUUAUUUAUUUCUAACUUUUGUGUUCUUUCUCCCAAUGCGUUGUCUUCUUAAAAAAACAAAAUAUUUUUUCUAUCAGAACUUGCUUUCUCCACAAUCCAAAGUUUAAUAACUUUUAUACAUUUUCCCUCUUCCUCUUUUUGCAAAGAUUUGGUGAAAGAAGACUAGAAAACAUAUAAAUCAGAUCUUGUUUUAAGCACAAACCCUUUUAUAUCUCUCCCUUGCAUCAUGUAUUGAGCUUAAAAUAGCAGCAAAGAUUGAGUUUUUCUAGUAACAAGAAAAAGUCAAAGACUUUACAUCUGGGUUCGUUGUUUUAAGAUUAAAUCUUCAGUUUUUUUCUGCAAUGGGUAUGGCAGCAGCGGAAUGGAAGUUUCAUGUCUUAGCUGUUGAUGACAGCUUAGUUGAUCGGAAACUCAUAGAGAGAUUGCUUCAAAAGUCUUCCUGUCAAGUAACAACUGUUGAUUCAGGCUAUAAGGCUUUAGAGUUUCUGGGUCUAAGACAAGGUAUUGAGAGUAACGACCCAACUGCUCUUUCUCCAUCUCCUCAGGAAGUGGAAGUGAAUCUUAUCAUUACAGAUUAUUGUAUGCCAGGCAUGACUGGUUAUGAUUUGCUCAAGAAACUCAAGGAAUCAGCAGCAUUUAAGAGCAUACCAGUAGUAAUCAUGUCCUCUGAGAACGUUCCUGCAAGGAUCAGCAGAUGUUUGGAAGAAGGAGCUGAAGAGUUUUUCUUGAAACCAGUAAGAUUGGCUGAUCUCAACAACCUGAAACCUCAUAUGAUGAAAACAAAGUUGAAAAACCAGAAGUUGGAAGAGAUUGAAAAACCUUCAAAUGGAACCGCAGCAGUUGAACCAGAGAUUAAAAAUCCAACAGAAAUGGAAAUCAAAAUCUUGCCUCUACCAUCAGAACUAGAACCGAAACAAGUGCAUCUGCAAGAAGUACAAGUACAACAAGAGGAGCUAGCAUUGAGUAACAACAAGAGGAAGACAAUGGAAGAAGGGCUCUCAACAGCUAGACCACGUCCUAGGUUAGAGGGCAUCGCAACCGCUGUCUGAUUUUAUCCACCCCCCCUCCCCCAUGAUGUUUCUGAUUUUAGAUUGUUGUAGGAAUGCUUCUGCUAGUGUAAUACAUGGCAGAGAGGGAAUAGAAAUGGAUGCUAAUGAUGCAUGGGAUAAUGUUUAUAAUAUGUACAUCAGUAAAUCAUAAUACAUGGUGAAUAACCCAAUUCCCAAUUUCGUUUCA